AUGACACUGCACUUGUUAGCCAAUACUCCUGAGCAUGAGGUCUGCCCUGCGGAGCUAUCUACAAGGACCCAUGACGUCACAGUCUGAAGACUUUGUAAGUGAGGCAUAAACUUUCUCUCGUCCACAGGGAGCAGAGAAGCCUGCUAUAUAGCAAACUCCUGCUGGCUGAGGAUCCUCCUGGUGGGCAAAUCUGGCUGUGGGAAAAGCGCCACGGGGAACAGCAUCCUCUGCCGACAAGCAUUCGAGUCCAGGCUCAGAGCCCAGUCAGUGACCAGGACCAGCAAGGCAGAGAUGGGCACAUGGAAGGGAAGGAGCUUCCUAGUGGUAGACACACCACCCAUCUUUGAGUCAGAGGCCCAGAACCAAGACAAGGACAUUGCAGACUGCUAUCUGCUGUGUGCCCCGGGACCCCAUGUACUGUUGCUGGUGACCCAGCUGGGACGCUUCACAGCCCAGGACACCAUAGCCGUCAGGAGGGUGAAGGAGAUCUUCGGGGCAGGAGUCAUGAGGCACAUGAUCCUCCUUUUUACCCACAAGGAAGACCUGGCCAAUGAGACCUUGGAUGAGUUUGUGACCCACACUGACAACCACAGCCUGCGCAGCCUGGUCCAGGAGUGUGGGAGGAGGUACUGUGCCUUUAAUAACAGGGCUUCUGGGGAAGAGCAGCAGGGGCAGCUGGCAGAGCUCAUGGCCCAGGUGAGGGCUCUGGAGCAGGAGUGUGAGGGCUCUUUCCACAGCAAUGACCUCUUCCUUCAUGCCCAUGUGCUCCUUAGUGAUAACACCAGUGAGAGCCAAGAAGCCUACAGGUGCUACCUGGCCAAGGUGAGGCAGGAGGUGGCGAGGCAGAAGCGGGAGCUGGAGGAGCAGGAGGGCAGCUUGGGGGCUAAGAUGCUUUGCAGAGUCAAGAUGUGCCUGGGCUCCCACAUCGCAGCAGCCACCCUUCUUAUUAUGUGUGGUUUGAUUUUUAUCACCAUUUUAGUUAACUUGUGUAUUACCCAGGAGCACUGA